CCCAGGAACCGCCCGAGUCGUUUUGGUUCUUGUUUCUCGGAGCCUCCCACUUCUUUAAGGAUCCUGCGGCUGUUUGGGUCGCUGGGGAAGGUAUUACCAAUAAAGUUUUCCUGUUUCAAAGCCGAGUGGAUCGGGCUGAGUCCAUCAGCCUUCCUCUCGCUCGCAGGCUGCAGUUGCUCUCGGCUACACGCUACGAGCUUCAGGGCGUCAUGUCCAGGGGCCGCCGCGGCCGGGCAGGUAUAAGGCCGCUUUCCGCUGCCUGUGCACUCGCAUGGCUUCUGGGGCCCCCGGCGUCCACCUUAGUUUGAGCGCAGCCCCUCCGCGCCCACGGGCCGCCACGCGCCAGACCCCAUGGCCUCCGAGGCGCCGUCUCCUUCAUUGUCACCCUCGCCACCCACCUCCCCUGAGCCUGAGCUGGCCCAUUUGAGACGGAAGGUGGAGAAGUUGGAACGAGAGCUGCGGAGCUGCAAGCGGCAGGUGCGGGAGAUCGAGAAACUGCUGCACCACACAGAGCGACUGUACCAGAGCGCCGAGAGCAACAACCAGGAGCUCCGCACACAGGUGGAAGAGCUCAGUAAGAUACUAUAUUGUGGGAGGAACGAAGACAGUAAGAAGUCUGAUGUAGAAGUACAAACGGAGAGCCACCCUCCGUGGUCAAUCUCAGAUUAUUAUUACCAGACAUACUAUAAGGAUAUUAGCCUUCCAGAUAAAGAGACAGAACUCUCAGUUCAGCAAGAUCAGGAUAUUGAAGCCUCUACUUACAAUUCUAAAAACCAGUCACAAAUAGAAAAUGAUGCUUAUGUUGAUACAGAAGUAACGGAAAAGUUUGAAUCUGGACAAGAGGACCGUUUUGCCUCAAAUUCACAGGAGCCAGCCUCUGUUCUAGCAACAGAAGAUACAUCUUUAGAAGGUUCAUCUUUAGCUGAAAGUUUGAGAGCUGCAGCAGAAGCUGCUGUGUCACAGACUGGAUUUAGUUACGAUGAGAACACUGGACUGUAUUUUGACCACAGCACUGGCUUCUAUUAUGAUUCUGAAAAUCAAUUAUAUUACGAUCCUUCCACUGGAAUUUAUUACUACUGCGAUGUGGAAAGUGGUCGCUAUCAAUUUCAUUCUCGAGUAGAUUUGCAACCUUAUCAGACUUCUGGCACAAAACAAAGUAAAGAUAAAAAAUUGAAGAAGAAAAGAAAGGAUCCAGAUUCUUCUACAGCAAAUGAGGAAAAGGAUUUGAAUUCAGAAGAUCCAAAAGCAUCCAGUAUUGAACAUAUAAACUACAGUGAGGGAGAAGAUUGUGCAAAUGUGAGAAAGAAGUCCAAAAUAGACAUUGGUUACAAAAAUAGUUCCCCCAAAUUCACUGUCCCAGUGACUGGAAAGUCUAUAGAAUCUCCUCUUAAUGAAAACAUUUAUAAUUCAACUUCAUUUAAAGAUGAGAAAAUCAUAGAGACUGAUAGUGAGCCAGAAGAAGGUGAAAUUACAGACUCUCAGACUGAGGAUGAUUACGAAGAAGACACUACCAGUGAAGAUAAUGUAACUGCAGAAGAUACUGAGGAUGAAGAUGAAGAAAAAAUUUGGCCCCCUUGUAUCAGAGUAAUUGUUAUUAGAUCACCAGUGUUGCAGACAGGAUCUCUUUUUAUUAUUACAGCUGUAAACCCUGCUACAAUUGGAAGGGAAAAAGAUAUGGAGCAUACUCUCCGAAUUCCUGAAGUUGGUGUCAGUAAGUUUCAUGCAGAAAUUUAUUUUGACCAUGACUUACAAAGUUAUGUUCUUGUGGAUCAAGGCAGCCAAAAUGGUACAGUUGUUAAUGGAAAACAGAUUCUUCAGCCUAAAACUAAAUGUGAUCCUUACAUACUUGAGCAUGGAGAUGAAGUGAAAAUUGGGGAGACUGUAUUGUCCUUUCACAUUCACCCUGGCAGUGACACCUGUGAUGGCUGUGAGCCAGGGCAGGUCAGAGCUCACCUUCGUCUUGAUAAGAAAGAUGAACCUUUUGUUGGUCCAACACUAAGCAAGGAGGAAAAAGAGCUGGAAAGGAGAAAAGAAUUAAAGAAAAUACGAGUAAAAUAUGGUUUGCGGAAUACAGACUACGAAGAUGAAAAGGCAUUGAAGAAUCCAAAAUAUAAAGACAGAGCAGGAAAACGUAGGAAGCAGAUUGGAAGUGAAGGAACUUUCCAGAGGGAUGAUGCUCCUGCAUCUGUUCAUUCUGAAAUUACUGAUAGCAACAAAGGUCGGAAGAUGCUGGAGAAGAUGGGCUGGAGAAAAGGAGAGGGCCUAGGGAAGGACGGUGGAGGAAUGAGAACUCCGAUCCAGCUUCAGCUUCGGCGAACACAUGCAGGCUUGGGGACGGGCACACCAUCCUCGAUUGAAGAUGUGCACCUUCUCCAAAACAAGAGCAAAAAGAACUGGGAGAAAGCACGAGAGAGGUUUGCUGAAAACUUCCCUGAAACUAAACCUCAACAAGAUGCACUAGGGACAGUGCCUUGGGUCAAAGGGACUGUAGAGUGAAGGUCAGUCAUAGAACACAGUUCAAGCUUUUUUAACAGAGUCUGGAAACUCUUAUUUCAUUGAAGAACCUUUCCCUCCUAAAGAGCCAGUGGCAUGAGGGUACUGUAUCACAGUUUACCCCCUCAUGAUUCAAAAAUGUGUAAUAAAGUGUGGUUUGUAGGUUUUUUUAAACCCUAAUAAAUAGUGACUUAAUCAAGUUAUUCGAUGAGUGCAUUAAAGUUCACAGGGCAUGGAUCAGCUUAUCAAACUUUGUUAUUUCUAUCUUGUCAUUUAUAAGAUGCAUAUGAGUAGCUAGCCAUGUAGGUAAAAUUCAUGUACCCACUAAUGAUUUAAAUGUACCUUUGUCCUUGUCUGCAUAGACUCAUUAUUGUAAGAUGUGCAACAAAAAAAUCAAAAGUUUAUAAAAACAAUUCUGAUUAUAUACAUUCUUGUUUAUGCCCUUUAGAACUUAGAUAAAAAAUGUUGAGGAAAAAUGGGCAGUGGUGUGUAAGUUUUAUCCUUGAAAUAACGUAAGUAAUGUUAUUGAAAAACUAACAAACCGGUGACACAUAGAAAAUUAGCCUUCCAUGUUUUCUUCUGUGAAGAAUCUGUUGAUUUGUACUAUAUAUUAAGCAUUUACAUUGGUUUGUUUCAUAGCUGAAGUAUUUAGAUAUGAACAAUUGAGUAUAGUAUUGAAAUAUUCAGUGUGCUAGCAUUUGUAGUUUUGAUAAAUCCCAUUUCUGACGAUAGAGUUUUGCCACAGAAAUCUGAUUUCUACUACAGAGUGCCUAGCCAAGGCCUCAAACUGAAGUAUUUAUUGAAAAUGUUCUCAAAUGCAAUAAAAACAUUAUAACAUCAAAAA